AAGAACCCUAAUCCUAUUCUCUUGUUCUUGUUUACAAUGCAUGGACGACCGAGGACGCGGGCCACUGCGGCAGCUGACAAGGAAAGCGAAGCCAAGGCCGAGCGCUUCGAAUUGCUUCUCUCUGCGGUACUGAGGAAUCACCAGCAGCGAUGUUACACCAAAGAGGCUCUAGAAGAGAACGCCCGGCUGGUGGAGCUCAAUCCAGAGGUUUACACUGCUUGGAACUUCCGGAAGCUCGCCCUCAAGAGUCUCUUGGAUGCCGAACCCGACGAGGAUUCUCGCAAGGAUCUCGUCAAACAAGAGCUCAAAGUGACCGAGAACGCGUUGCGAGCACACAUAAAGUCGUAUUCUGCGUGGCACCACAGGAAAUGGGUGAUUGCUCUCGGUCUUUCAUCUCUGGACGACGAAUUGGAUCUGCUAGCGCAGCUCUUCAAAGUAGACGCUCGCAACUUCAAUGCCUGGAGCUACCGCAGGUACAUCGUGGGUCUCAUGGGCGUUCCCGUGCAACAAGAGCUCGACUAUACCAUGACGCUACUCAACAAAAACUUCAGCAACUAUUCCGCUUGGCACAAUCGCAGUGCGUUGCUGCUGGAGCUCUUCAAGGAGAUAAAAGACGAGCAGGGCAAGGAGUCGAUUCUCUCGGAGGAAUUUGAGCUUGUGAAGCAGGCCUUAUACACAGAUCCGUGUGAUCAGAGUGGCUGGUUCUACCAUAGCUGGCUCCUGGGCCACUCGUCCAAACAAGAUAGGCUCGGGACAGAGAUCGAUAUGUGCAGGGACCUGCUAGAAGCCGAGGAAGACGCAAGUGACUGGGCCAGGAACACCCUCGGAGAAGAAAGUAAGUUUCCUCGGUUGACACUCGCACGGCUGCUAAGCUCGGCCCCUGGAGUUGACAAAGCCGAAGUGGUCUCACUCUACGACCGACUGGUGCGAACGGACCCUCCACACGCAGCGUAUUACAAAGACAUGUUGCAAAAGAGUCGAACAACAGAGGAAGAAGCUCGUGUCCUGUGAUACAACUUCCGAAGAAUGUGAGUUACAAAAUGGUAUCUUUA